AUGCCAGGAACACGGGGCCCAGUCCCAGUGCCGCUCGAAACAAAAGGCCAAAACCUCACCCAGGACAUCCUCGACCUUCUCGACACAAAGGAGCCCCUCCGCACAGAUGAAGACUUCCCCGCAAUCUCCCAGGCCGAAAUCAAGGCCGCACUCGACAGGCUAGCCAGCAGAUCCAUGGUCGAAUACAAGUCACUAGACUCGGAAAAGGUCGUCCUCACUCCCGAAUCCGAGGGCAUAGUCGCAGAGGGAAGCCACGAGUUCAAGGUUUGGAAGUUGGUCAAAGAGAGGGGCAGCGUCCCAAUCGCUGAACUACCGACCAUCUUUGGAAAAGAAGUCGCUAGCGUUGGACAGGGCAAUGGCUUCAAGAACAAGUGGAUCAAGAAAGACGGAGACAACCUAGUCCUCAUACAGACCGAAGAGCCCGCAGACACCACCCGCCAAUUACUGCAGGGUAUCAAAGACACACAGUCGCUCGACGACUCGAAGCUCCUUGCCCAGCUGAAGAAGAAGAAGCUCGUGACUGUUACCAAGGUCAUCACAUACACAAUCACAAAGGGUCCAAAGUAUGCAAAGGAAAUUCCCGUAGAGCACACCGACCUGACGGCCGAGCUGCUCACAAACGACGCAUGGAAGACUGCAAACUUCAAGCCAUACAACUUUGCUGCACUCGGAGCCAACCAAGAUGCCGGCGCAUUACAUCCUCUGAACAAGGUCAGACAGGAGUUCCGCAACAUUUUCUUCUCACAAGGCUUCGUCGAGAUGCCAACCGGACACUUCGUCGACACAGGCUUCUGGAACUUUGACGCCCUUUUCGUACCACAGCAACAUCCUGCGCGCGACAUGCAAGACACCUUCUUCGUCUCGUAUCCACCAAAAGCCGACAAGCCGCGAUUAGACCCUGCAAAUGAAGCAACCAUGGAACGCAUGGAGGCCGGAUCAAAACGCCUCUUCUCCACACCAGAGAGCGAGAAGCGAGAAAAGAAGCCACGAGACUUUGAGAAAUACUGGCAAGACGUCAAGCAGGUACACCAAGAAGGUGCUUUUGGCUCAAUAGGAUACCGAUACCCAUGGGAAGAAGAUGAAUCCCUCCGCCUUGUCCUUCGUACACAUACCACCGCAGUCUCGACUUGGGCUCUCCACCGUCUUGCAGAAGACCCCCGUCCUGCGCGCUACUUCUCCAUCGAUCGUGUCUUCCGUAACGAAACCGUCGAUGCUACCCACUUGGCCGAGUUCCACCAGAUUGAAGGUGUCAUUGCCGACUUUGGUCUCACUCUUGGUGGUCUCCAGCGUUUCCUCGAGGACUUCUUCAGCAACAUGGGCAUCACCAACCUGCGCUUCAAGCCCGCAUACAACCCUUACACAGAGCCUUCCAUGGAGGUCUUCGGCUACCACACUGGUCUAAAGAAGUGGCUCGAGAUUGGCAACUCGGGCAUGUUCAGGCCAGAGAUGUUGGAACCCAUGGGCCUACCCAAGGACAUGCGCGUGUACGGAUUUGGACUUUCGCUCGAGAGGCCGACCAUGAUGAAGUAUGGCGUCAGUAAUAUCAGAGAGUUGUUGGGUCACAAGGUUGAUUUGAGCUGGAUUCGGGAACAGCCGGCUGUGCGCUUUGACAAGGACUAG